GAACGCGUUGGCCAGGGGUUCAGCAUUGGUUAACCGUUAACCUCCAGGGCAGGCUUUUGCGCAGGCACCAGAGGCCCGCUGACAUUGUUCACCUUGGGAAUUGGGCCUCACCCUUGACCUGCGGCCCUAGUGAUUUCAAACAUUUUUCUGGGCAUUUGUGCGCUCUAAAAUAAUAACUGCAUUAGGGUUUCUGCAGACCUGUCCCUCCCAGAUAUUUGUCUCCUGGAGUCUGCCUAUGGGAUUGCAUCUGAACCACCAGACUAUCCAAGGCGCUGCUCAUACUUCUUCUCUCUUUUUUUCUUUCUUUUUUUUAAUAUUUAUUUUUUAGAAGUAGUUGGAUACAAUACUUUUAUUUUUAUGUUGUGCUGAGGAUCGAACCUAGGGCCUCGCACGUGCUGGCUCAGCGCUCCACUGCUGAGCCGCAUCCCCAGCCCUGCUGCUUGAUCUUAAUAACUACAGAUCAUCUUUACUGAAACGUUAAAUACAGUUUGAAGUCACUCAAGACAAACUGGCAGAGCUGUAAAGAACCAACUUAGUUUAAGCAUUUCUUGAGCAUGGAUCCUGAUGGGUCUGUACAAGAUCCUGAAGAUAAGGAAUAUUCUUCUGUCUGUGUUGGCAGAGAAGAUGACAUUAAAAAAUCUGAAAGAAUGACAGCUGUUGUCCAUGACAGAGAAGUGGUCAUUUUCUACCAUAGAGGAGAAUAUCAUGCUAUGGAUAUUCGCUGUUAUCAUUCAGGAGGACCUUUACAUUUGGGAGAAAUAGAGGAUUUUGAUGGACGACCAUGUAUAGUUUGCCCCUGGCAUAAAUUCAAAAUUACUUUGGCAACAGGAGAAGGAUUAUACCAGUCUAAAAACCCUAAAGAUCCAUCAGCAAAACCCAAGUGGUGCUCCAAAGGAAUAAAGCAAAGGAUUCAUAGAGUGACAGUGGAUAAUGGGAAUAUUUAUGUGACUCUUUCUAAGGAACCCUUUAAGUGUGACUCUGAUUUUUAUGCCACUGGAGACUUCAAAGUAAUUCGGAGUUCUUUCUGAUAAAAAUAUAUGACAAUGAAAAGU